AUGUCUUCAGUGGCCACCAUAGACGCCGGCAGAAAAGCUGUGAGCAAAUAUGGCACAUCUUUCUACUUCAUCGCGCAGGCCGCUCAGAUCGCUCCUGCAUGUCGCAUUCUCCCAGUAAAUACUGCGGACGUCUCAGAAAUUCUCAAUGUUGUUCGGGAAACCGGGACAACAUUUGCCGUUAAAGCCGGAGGUCAUUGCUCAUACCCUUCUGGGACAAAUGCUGAAAACGGCAUUACUAUUGACCUAAGCCGUCUAAAGGACAUCAAAAUAUCCGAUAAUCGAAAGUCUGUCACCGUUGGAGCUGGCUGCAGGUUUGGUGAAGUCUACCGCGAACUGGAGGCCCAUGGGCUUGGGUGUGUCGGUGGCCGUGUUUCCAGCGUCGGUGUUAGCGGGCUUACCCUGGGAGGUGGUAUUUCUUUCUUCUCGACUGAGAGAGGGCUUGCUUGCGACAAUGUCGUAAGUUACGAGCUUGUAAUUGCCAAUGGUCAAGUUCUAAGCGUCACCAAAGUUUCCCAUCCUGAUCUUUUCUGGGGGAUGAGAGGAGCUGGGAUCACCUUUGGUAUCGUCACUAGCUUUGAGCUGAAAACCUUUGACCUUGGAGAAAUAUGGGGUGGCUCCAGUACAUUCGCCCAUGAGAACGAGACUGCAGUCCUCGAAGCAUUUGAUAAGUUUGUACAUGCGGACCAAGAUCCCCUCGCUGAAGCAUUUCUGGUAGUUGCCGAUAUGGCAAAGGAUGGUAAUAGUGUGUACACGAUGGUCUUGUCUCACAGCAAUCCGCAAUCCGAUACCUCGGUUUUCAAUGAUUUCAAGAAUCUCACUCCUCUUGCCUCAUCGACUCAGACUCGCACUUUGACAAAUUUUUGCGACGAGUUGGAUAGUCGAAAUGAGUCAGGUUUCAGAUACCGGACCAAUUCACUAUCUGUGAAAUGCCAUCUAACAACCCUGAAAGAGAUUGCUGCUAUUCAUGAAGAAUGUGUGCAUCUCUUAAAGGAUUGCGAUGGCUUCGUACCCACACUACUAUACCAGCCGUUGCUUGGGGCUAUGCUUCCCAAGGACGAUGUAAGCAAUGCCCUGGGAAUUAAACCAGAAGACACGCCCUUAAUCGUCAUUGCGCUUCUAUGGAAGUGGACCGACAUACAACAUGAUAAGCUAAUUUCCCAAGUCGCUGAUCAGUUUGUAGAAAAAGUUGAGAAGGCCACUCGGGCCUAUGGCACAUUCCACAGGUACCAGUAUCUUAACUAUGCAGCUAACUACCAGGAUGUAUACGGUGGUUAUGGAGAAGAAAAUAGGAAACGCCUUCUAGAGAUCAGAGCAAAGUAUGAUCCGGAAGGGCUGAUGUCAAUUCUGCGUCCAGGGAUCAUCCAGUUGUCCGGUCAGCAGGAGAUGUGA